AUGGAGGAAAAGGGGGCGUUGAAGGCAUUGUUUGCGAGUGACGAUCUGUUUCGAGACACGUUCAUCAAGUGGCUUGUUCGCGAGCUGACUGCCCAUAUUGACAGCGUUCGAUCUUUGGAUGUGGGCGUCGUUCCUGUGAUCGUGACAGAGGACGUUGACAGUGAGACGAGCAGUGGGCGUCGACGGGGAUCCCUGGACUCGGGCAACAUGCAAGGAGUGCCAUCUGCUGUGCCGAGCGGCAGCUCUGGCCCGAGUUCGCUCGGGAUCCUUCCGGUGUCGCGGCCCCGUGCCGGCACCUGGUCCAUACCCUCGGGCUACAGAGCCCGCCAGGGAUCCAGCCCAUCAGUAGCUAGACUUGAUCUCCGAGAGAAGAACCGGAUGUGA